GCAGGAGGAAUGAGACGUGACAGUCGGUGUUGCACAGUAGCUUCAAGAUGAAAGAAAGAAGACUGAAUUUGUUUAAUAUUGUACAGUUUAGUUCUAGUUCUGCAUACAGUAUGGACACGAACAUGGGAAUUUAGUAAAGCAAUCUUUUAACUGAAGGAUCCUUGGUAGCUAGCGUAGUUGAACACAGUGACAGAACCAUGCAGGUGGCAGUGUGUUGGGCGCCGCUUGUGGCCCUUGCACGGUUGGCAGGGCGCAAGGGGGUGGCCCUCGCCCCUUCGCUCCACUUGAAGGCCUGCCGCCGGACUCUCUUUAGCGAGACAGGCGUCUGGGAGAGGGACUACAGGGCAGAGACGCGGCGCAAGGUGGAGCAGUGGUGGCACCCCCGUAUCAAGGAGAGCUGGCAGAACGAUACGCAGGAAGGGGACUCUCGGCGGAGUAAGUUCUACGUGCUGUCCAUGUUCCCCUACCCGUCGGGGCGUCUUCACAUGGGUCACGUACGCGUCUACACCAUCAGCGAUGCCAUUGCCCACUUCCAGAGGAUGAGGGGUCACGAGGUGCUGAACCCCAUGGGGUGGGACGCGUUUGGACUCCCUGCAGAGAACGCAGCGAUUGAGCGGGGGCUCGACCCAGAGGAGUGGACCAAAAGCAAUAUCCAGUCCAUGAGGGAGCAGCUCGACAGCCUGGGGCUCUGCUUUAAUUGGGACAGGGAAAUUACCACCUGCCUACCUAACUACUAUAAAUGGACCCAAUACCUGUUUGUAAAACUCUUUGAAGCGGGAUUGGCCUAUCAGAAAGAGGCGCUCGUGAACUGGGACCCAGUGGACCAGACGGUUUUGGCGGAUGAGCAGGUGGACGAGACUGGCCGGUCAUGGAGGUCAGGGGCCCUCGUGGAGCAGAAACUGCUGAAACAGUGGUUCAUCAAGACCACCAACUAUGCCAAGCCCCUCUUGGACGCCCUUGCUGAACUCCCGGAGUGGUAUGGAGUCAAAGGGAUGCAGGCCAACUGGAUCGGGGACUGCACCGGCUGCUACUUUGAUUUCCUCCUAAAAGUGAGCGGUGAGGAGACAGGGGAGAAGCUGGCGGCCUACACCCCGACCCCUGAGGCUGUAUUUGGGGCCGCCUACCUCGCCAUCCUCCCCUCCCACCGCCUGCUACACGGCUCUAGCCCCCUCCGCCCCGUCCUGGAUGCCGCCUUCCAGUCUGGGAAAGACUGCCUGACUGCUGUCACUGCCCUCAACGUGUUCACCGGCCGGGAGGUCCCUGUGGUCAUAUCCGCCAAGACAGAGUUUGAGGGUCAUCUGGACACUGUGAUUGGUAUUCCUGACAGCAGUGUGGAGGAGGCGUCGGUGGCCGUGGCGCUGGGUCUGAGCUGGGACACGGUGCUAGAGAGCCGACCCGACGGAACACACACACUGCUCAACUCUGCAGAGUUCACAGGCCUUACUAGACAGGAGGCCUUUGACCCCAUCACCCAGAAGGCCAGAGAGAAGAAUGUGGGUGGUCACCUCACCAGCUCAAAGCUCCGUGAUUGGCUGAUCUCAAGACAGCGCUACUGGGGAACUCCCAUCCCCAUCAUACACUGUGCCUCUUGCGGGCCGGUUGCUGUGCCUGAGGAGGACCUCCCCGUCAUCCUGCCUAAACUGCCCUCGCUCACUGGGAAGGGGGCAUCCCCACUGGAGGCUGCCAAGGACUGGACCCACUGUCACUGCCCCAGGUGCAAAGGCCCGGCACGGAGAGAAACGGACACGAUGGAUACGUUUGUGGACUCGGCCUGGUACUACUUCAGAUACACAGAUCCACAGAAUACACUGAGGCCGUUUGACCGUGAACAGACAGACCACUGGAUGCCGGUAGAUGUGUACAUCGGAGGAAAGGAACACGCUGUCAUGCACCUGUACUAUGCCCGCUUCCUCAGCCAUUUCUGCCAGGACCAGAACCUGGUUUCACACAGGGAGCCCUUCCGGAAACUGCUGGUCCAGGGUCUCAUUAAAGGUCAGACAUUCCGGUUGGCAGAUAGUGGUCAGUACCUGAAGCGAGAAGACAUUGACUUCUCAGGGGAGGAGCCUGUGCAGGCAGGCAGUGGGAGAAAGCUGCAGGUGACCUGGGAGAAGAUGAGCAAGUCCAAGCACAACGGGCUGGACCCGCAGGAGGUGGUGCAGCAGUACGGCAUCGACACCGUGCGCCUCUACAUCCUCUACGCCGCACCCCCUGAGCAGGACAUCCUAUGGGACGUCAAGACGGACGCCAUCCCCGGGGUGCUGCGCUGGCAGUCCCGCCUGUGGGGGCUGGUGAGCAAGCUGAGGGAGGCGCGGCGGACGGUGGGCGCCCCCAACCCUGCGCUGCUGGGCAAGAAGGAACGGGCGGAGGCCAGAAAGAUCUGGGAGAACAAGAACUACGCGGUGGCUGAGGUGACCAGUCACUUCACUGAGGACUUCCUGCUGAACGCGGCCAUUGCUCGCCUUAUGGGCCUCACCAACACGCUCUCUCAUGCCUCCAUGCGACUGGUCCAGCACAGCGUGGAGUUUGAGGAGGCCCUGGCCGCCCUCUGCAUAAUGACCGCUCCCUUGGCUCCACACCUGGCCUCCGAGCUCUGGGCAGGCCUGGUGCAGGUGAGCAGCGGUCUCAGCCCCCUGCUGCAGUGGGAUGGGGGCGUUCUGCAGCAGCCCUGGCCCAGUGUGGACCCCGAGUACCUGCAGACCCCUGACACCUUGGAGGUCUCCAUCCGGAUCAACAACAAAGCUUGUGGGACAGUAAGCGUUCCCCGGGAGGUGGCUAAGGACACUGAGGCGGUACGCGAGCUGGUCCUCAAGAGCCCGCUGGGUGUCCAGCUCCUCGGCCACCUCACCAUUAAGAAGGCCAUCCUGUCUCCCAGGACUGCCCUCAUCAACUUCCUGGUGGAUGACUGAGGGACUCACUGAUGAUUGGUGGAGCCAACGAUUGUGUUCGUCAUGAGGAACAGAGACGACAGAAGUCUGAGUGAUACAUCAAGUCUAGGCAUAAGCAACGUUUAUGUAAAAUCGUGUAUUUUCAAAGAUUUUCACUGAAAAUCAUAUUGGUCCUCUUAGGGACCUAAAAAUUUAACAGCUUGUUUUGUGGCAUGUCAGCAAUGCAGUGCUUCACAUCAUUCACCAUGAUCUAGGGUGUAAGAGAUACUGUUGACCCAACAAAAAAGAACAGAAUGAUCUCCUGAAAGGACAUGAGCUGGAGAAGAAUGGAAUGUGGACACUGCUGCAAUUUCAGCGCUCUGCAGUGGCAGUCCAGAGAAAAAUGCUGCUUCUAAACUGGAAGGUUAUGGAGCAUUUGCCCUGAUAAAAUUUGCACAGCUGCAUCUUAAGCAUAAGACUGAUUGCCUUGAAAGGAAUGGCGUUUUGGACCAUCUGCCAAGGCCGUGAAAGUGGUCAUAACAUUGACCCAGCAACUGGUUCCCCGGGAUGAAAUAUUUAUUCCUUCCUGUCUGCCCCGUUGUGAAUGCUUGCAUUGCUGUUUGCCUUUGCCAGGCUAUUUCUGUCUUUUGUGUUUUCUACGUGAAAACAGUGGUGUGUUUCUAAAGAGCCUUAUUCCUUUCAUUAAAGCCUUGAUGACCCCCUUCCUCCCCACCGGCUCUUGCCUUUUGCAUUGCAAAGGGAGCCGUACAGAAUGCUUGUUGUAUUAUCAGGUCUGAAUCAAGUUCUUUGUUGGUUAUGUAACAGUGAUUAAAAGAGGCUCACUUCACACCUUCAGCCCCGGCACAGCCAGGAAAGCAG